UGGCAACUAGACGUUGACGGGUCAGUCUGGCGAAUAAGUGAGCGUGAGUGAAACGUGCGGCGUCGAGCCUCACCACAAACGAGUUUUUCGAUAGACGUUAUCCUUACACUACACACCUUUGUAUCCGCGACUGUUACCCUCACCCACAAUGUCUAGUCUUCCCAGUGACGCGCCCGCGCCCCGCCUUUGCAUCAUCGUCAAGUGGCCGUACUUCGAGGGCUACGGCUUUAAUUUGCAUGCCGAAAAGUCCAAACCUGGCCAGUACAUUGGAAAGGUGGAUGAGAACUCUCCAGCCGAGAAGGCCGGACUCAUGGAGGACGACCGCAUCAUCGAAGUGAAUGGCGUCAAUAUCGCCAACGAGAACCACAAGCAGGUUGUGCAGAGGAUCAAGGCGGUGCCAAACGAGACUCGCCUGCUAGUGGUGGACCCCGCUGCCGACAGGUACUACAAGAGCAGGAACAUUGUAGUCCGCGGAUCACAGGACAAUGUGAUCACACGCAGUUCUGCCCUGGAGGAGAAGGCGCCGCCCACCCCAGAGACCCAGACCCUAUCCCCGCCGACCAGUGUCUCCAACGGCCAUCACGAGGAGAUCGACAACCGCUCCGUCAGUUCGGCAGCGUCGUCAUCAGCUGCCAGUGAGGCUUCCACCCAGCCACAGCACGCGGCCGCUCUUGCCGAAGCUGAUAAGGACUCCACAGUGGAAGAGGUCGCAUCGAACGAAACAAUGGAGAAGGAAAAGAGCCGCUCCCCUUCGCCACAGCCCGCUGAGGAAGCCGAGAACCCUUCAGAAGAGAUUUUGAUUCCCGAAGAGGACGCGGCUUCGCUGAGUGGCAGCGACAAAGUCUCAGAGAAUGACGUGAUUGCACCAGUAGAGGAGUCGUUGCCCGAACCGAGCGAGACAGAAGUUCCUCAAAUCGAAGUGUCGCUGGAGGGGCAGGAACAAACCCUCCCCGAGGCUGACGCUGCCCAGGAGGAAGAGGUGCACCAGCAGACGGAGGAGAAGGAGGAGGAAGAGGAGGAGGAGGAAGAAGAGAAGGAGGAGGAGAAGGAAAAGGACGAGGAUGAGAUAAAGGUCGAGGCUACUCCUGAACAGGAGUCUGACCUCGAGGCAGAGUACGACAACGUGGAGAUAGAUGCUGGGCGUGCCGAGGUGGCCGCAUCUCAGGCCACCUCCGAUUCGCGCCGUCUUUCUGCUUCCUCCGGCGAGUCACACUCCUCACACGGCUCCGACACCGCCCGCACUGACCCCCCUCCUACUCAGAGUCCCAUGAGCACCUCCCCCACGCCGCCACCCUCACUGGAGUCUGCCCCAGAGCCUGUGCGCAGUUCUCCCCAAGCACCCCUCAACAGUACUGCCGACACCACCACCACCAAAACCAGCAUCACCAACAAUGCUAGUCCAAAGUCCCAGCCAGUGUCCAACAACAACACUUAUAACUCCAGCGGCCUCAACCUCAACAUGUCUGCGGCGGAGAUGCGAGCAAUGCUGGCUCGCAAAAAGAAGGCUGACCCUCGGAAGGAGACAGUCGAUCUCAAGACAAAGUACGAGAUCAUCCAAAACAUGUAAAGAGCUGGGCGGGGCCUAGCAGGCGUCCCUGUCACACCAGACACGCCGAAUUACCACUUCUGUGGUUCAUGGUUAUUUUUCACACUUAAUCUAUCUUUUUCUGUGAUUUAUGAAGAUUGUACAUGUGGUGGAGACUAGUAAAUAAUCAUGUAUAUAUUAGUAAAAUGUAUAAUUAUUAUUUAGAAUAAUUUUUGGUAUCUAUGAGGCUGAGUCCCUUGCCAGGGUUAGGCCAAGGUCUGUGAAACAGGGAACAGGGAAGAUAAUUGUCGAUUCAGAGUAAUAGAAUGGAUUUCAAGCAAGCUUCCAUAUACACCGAGGCAAUUAUUGUUUAUCUUGUCAUGUGAAAUACAUAUAUACCAGCAUGUACCCACAGAUGCCUCCAAGACAGAGCAUUUCAUCUUCAUGCCCUUGAUUACAGGCCAUUCUAAUGCCAUGCCAAAGGCACAAGCCUAGAAAUGUAAGCAGCAUGGAGGGGGAGCUGGAAUAGAGGCUUAGCUGCCUCACCGGUUACUUGCCAGCACAGGACUGGUGUGCAACCAAACAGGCAAUAUAAAACUUGAAUUAAUGGUAUUACAAGCUUACAUGAGUAAUUAGCAUGUAUUUGAAGACAUGAACACCUCACUUCUAAGUCUUAUUAUUGUAAAAUAAUUCAUUCUUCUGAUUCAUAUUAUGUGCCGAAACAUGGACUUGGGGCAUUGACGGAGCGGCUGCUGCCACCCACCUAUAGCUUAACGUUCCUUGCCCUGUUUGCCUCUGGCACAACGAUGGUGGCAUAAUGAUCAGAAUAUUGAUUCUCUGAGGUAUACCAGCGUAGUCUCCUUGAGCACUUAGGGAUAUAUUAUUUUUGGAUUGAUAGUUUACACUAUCUACCCGAAGUCGUUAUAUCAUUUAAAGUGUGUCGAUCUACUGAAGGAAUGAUGUGAAGACCCUCCUCACCCUGAUCUCCCACUGCUUCCUUCACCGAGCAUGCAAGUUCGUCACUAAUUGCGUCACUAACAAGUAGUACAAGAAGGCAGCACAGUGAGGUAACGUGUAGGACAGGUCAGUGCAACACCUUACUGAGGAACACUACACAAGGACUCACAAGUAGGUAGCUUUUGAACAUGUGGUUUGAUUUCUUGUGAAGUGUACCUCUCGGUAUAUAACCCACAGGUGUGUAUGUAUGAUAACUCUAAUGCUUACCAGUGCAUUCUUUGUUGUCCCUAUUCAUUGUGAUAUGUGACCAGUAUAUAUUCAAUAAACAGUAAGCAUCUGA